UUUUGCCUAAAAAUACACUGAUCCUCCAAACAAUUUGGGGAAAAAUGAGUAGCUCAGCAACAGCACCAUGGAAACAGCUUCUUCUCAAUUCCAUCAACUCCAAUUCCCAUCUUAAGCAUUCCACCUACUUUCAACUUGCAACUGUUGGAUACAAUGGAAGACCCUCUAAUCGAACUGUGGUUUUCAGAGGGUUUCAAGAUAGUACUAACAAAAUUCAAAUUAAUACUGACUCACGAAGCAGCAAGAUUGAUGAUCUUAAGCGUUCUCCAUUUGCGGAGGUGUGCUGGUAUUUCACUGAAACAUGGGAACAAUUCAGAAUUUACGGAAAGGUCGAGAUGAUUGAUGCAUCAAACUCUGAUCCAAAUAAACUUAAGCAAAGAGAGGCAGCUUGGUUUGCUGGUUCUGUGAGAUCAAGACUACAGUAUGUGGGGCCUACUCCAGGGAUUAUUUCUCUAAAUGAACAACCAUCGCACGAUUCAUUGGAUCCUUCUGCUGGUCCAGUUGAUGCAUUCUGCCUUCUACUUCUGGACCCUGACCAGGUUGAUUAUCUGAACUUGAAGAGUAAUGAGAGGCUGCUAUUUUCGACUGGACGAAGUGACAAUGAUUUCACAGUUCCUGAUGAAAGAAAUCAGCUGAAUUUGAAGCACAUGCGUGCUAAGGUACCUCUACCUAACCUCUAAUGCUUCAGUUUCUGUUUGUGGUCCCUGGUAUUCUUUGUCACUUGCUGGAAGCCAUCCAUCAUUCAGAACAUUUUAUUCAGAGAAUACUGGUAGCUUUCAAAUUUCUCCAAUGGGAUCCCUUCUUUUCUAUCUUGUAAGUUGUGAUUUAUAAGUCUGUUGCCAAAGUUUAUGGUAGAAAUGUUGUCACAAUAUGAAUGAUCAAACGCUUGUGCUAAGCACUUGCCAGUUGUACUUGAAGGAAAUGUCAAAGCUGAGUUUUUAAGGCAAUUAGUUGGCUAUCUGCCACCUAAAGGCAUGUUUGUAGUUACCGGUUUUUGUUCUUAGUAAGCUUAGAAGAGAAAAUGGGACUACCAGCCAGCUUCUCGGUUCUCAUACUUAUCAUUUGGCUUUUUAUUAGACUUCUUAUUAAUGAUCAAUCAAUUUCCAUUUUCCUGUGUCCAAAACUCUACCUACCUGCAUGUGUCUAUAUGCCGCGUAAAGACAGCUUUGUCAUGAUGCAAAAGACAAACGGAUGAACAGGAAAGACAAGUUCCUAUUCCAUUACACGAACUUAUAAAUGUCAACAAAUGCCAAUUCUUU